UGGUGUGUGUACUGGACCUGAGAACAACUGCAGGAUAAUUUAGAGGGAAGAACAUUAAACAUUACCAGGAGUGCAUAAUAGACUUUACUACAACUCAAAGAAGAGUGUACAAGGAAGCUCCUGCUGUUGAACUAACCAUGGUUGGUACAGGUGGUCCAGUGGCCACUUUCUCUGUGUGGGACUAUGUGGUGUUCGCUGGAACUAUUGUGGGGGCAGCUGGUAUUGGUCUCUUCCAGGCCAUUCGAGGCCGUAAGGAGACCAGCAGCGAUGAGUUCUUGUUGGGCGGACGGCAAAUGACAGCUGUGCCGGUUGCCAUGUCGCUCACCGCCAGCUUCAUGUCUGGCAUCACAGUCAUUGGCACUCCCGCUGAGGCCUACCGGUUUGGAGCUGCCUUCUGGCUCUUCGGCUUCUCCUAUGCCAUCAUGUCUGCUGUCACUGCUGAGAUCUUUGUCCCUCUUUUCUACCGACUGGGGAUCACCAGCGCCUAUGAGUACCUGGAGAUGCGCUUCAGCCGGCCCAUUCGGAUAAUUGGGACAUCAAUGUACAUCGUGCAGACGGCCCUGUACACCGGCCUGGUCAUCUACGCUCCAGCUCUCGCACUAAAUCAAAUCACUGGACUUAAUCUGUGGGGCGUGCUGGUGGCUACCGGAGCGGUGUGCAUCCUCUACUGCACUUUGGGGGGGCUGAAAGCAGUAAUCUGGACAGAUGUGCUUCAGAUGGUGAUCAUGCUGGCAGGUUUUGCAGCUGUUAUAGCAAGAGGAGCUGUACUGCAGGGAGGCCUGACGAAGAUUUGGGAAGAUGCUCAACAAGGAGGCCGACUAAAGGCGUUUGAUUUUGACCCAGAUCCUCUGAAGCGACAUACUUUCUGGACCAUUAUAAUCGGUGGUAGUGUGAUGUGGGUGUCUAUCUACUCCAUCAACCAGUCCCAGGUGCAGCGCUACAUCUCCUGCAAAACCUUGGGACAUGCCAAGAUGUCUUUGUAUGUGAACAUGGUUGGCUUAUGGGUAACUGUGAGUCUGGCUAUGUUUUCUGGCCUCACUAUGUACUCCAUUUACAAGAGCUGUGACCCACUUACAAACGCUGAUAUAAGCACACCUGACCAGCUGCUGCCUUACCUUGUGAUGGAUAUUCUGGCAGUCUACCCCGGAGUCCCUGGCUUGUUUGUGGCAGCUGCAUACAGUGGCACCCUUAGCACGGUGUCUUCCAGCAUUAACGCCCUGGUUGCUGUCACUGUGGAAGACUUUAUUCUCCCUGUGUGCAAAAACCUCACACAGAAACAAAUGACCUGGAUGAACAUGGGCCUGAGUGUGUUCUUUGGUGCUCUGUGUAUUGGGAUGGCUGGCGUUGCUUCAUUGAUGGGAAGCAUUCUGCAGGCAGCUCUGUCUAUAUUUGGCAUGAUCAGCGGGCCUCUCCUUGGUCUUUAUUUGUUAGGUAUGCUUUUCCGCACAACAAACUCAAUAGGAGGACUACUGGGCAUGAUCAUCGGUCUAGUGUUGACUCUGUGGGUGGGGAUUGGAGGCCAGAUUUACCCACCAACAGAUGAGAUGACAAAUCCUCUCCUUCUUAGUACUAUAGGCUGCAAUACCACAACGAGCCAGAACUAUACAACGACAGCUCCCUGGACCAGUCCAGUGACUCUGACCUCCCAGCCUGAUGUCAGACCACCUUUGGCAGACUCCUGGUACUCCCUGUCCUAUCUCUACUUCUCUCUGUUGGGCACAGUGACCACAGUCGUUUCUGGACUGUUGGUGAGCAUCGUCACAGGUGGAUGCAAACAAAAGAAGCUGAACUCCGAUCUGUUUGUGAGGAAGAGUGACCUGUUCUGCUUCAGCUGCUUUAGUAACUCAAAGGUAUCAGAUGUGACUGAAAAGACUGCACCAGAGUUUCACAUUGGAGCCAACCACUUCACACUCACAGAGUUCGAUGUGAUGAGCAAAGACGUUGGAAAAGCCACCAAACUGUAAUGCUGCUGCUUUAUCAAUACACCGUUCCUCAUGGGGACAUUUCAACUUUUAUUUUUUUUAAUUAUUUUAUAAACACAUAAAUGACAAGCCACAAUUGUUUAGCUGCUACAUUUACUGUUAUAUGUAUUUAUCCUAAUAUGAAUUAUAAGGUUUAAACAUGUUAGAUCAAUACAUAAUUACUUUGAUUUUGUAUUAAGAAUAAUAAACCUAAACUUGCAAAAAAUUUAAUUUAUAUUUAAAAACUUCCCUAUUUAUGUUGUUAAAAUAUUGAAGAGCAGCAGAAAAAAAGAACAAUAGUAGGAAAAUGUUCUGAAACGUUUUAACAUUUCAGCUGUUGUAAUCUUCAUCAGAACAAUAGGGAAAAGAACACUUGAAGUAGCACAAGGUCACCACAUCUUUUGGCCCACACAGAUUGUUCUGCUCCCAUUUCCUGUUCAGCAGUGAUGUGGCAGAAUCGUUUUACUUUUAUUGCCCUUUGUUCAAUUGUCCUCCCUGAUAGUGGCUGCUAGCUCUAUAUUCCACCUGAACACUGUCCUUCUUCAUUUCAUGCUGACAUAGAAAAGCACGGGCAAUAUUGUUGUCCAUUUCUUUAUGACUAUUUUUUAUUGCCUUAUUUUUUAUAAGGAAACUGUUCACUCUUUAUAGAUUCCCUGUAAAAAUUAGU